GGACAGCCAACAUUGUCACUUCCAAUCGAAAGCCAUCGCUCUGAUGCAGAUGAGAUAAAUGCAAAACGAAGAAGAGCGUCGUCCUAAUUCCAGGAUGGUACCGAAGGAGGGCGCGUAGAUAUUAAUAAAGUAGACUACUCGCUAUUUACCAACCCUUUCUUCAAGAAGCUCAAGCAGCAGGCUGAAAACGCUAGGUCGGUGGUCGCGGGUAGCUCAUCUUCAUCAAAAGCAGUGCCAAAACAUUUCAUCCAGUGCAAAGCCGCGUCCUACCAAGUUUUCACGAAACCCGAGAUUUUGCAAGAUGUAGAAGAAUCCAUAGGGAAACCGACACUAGCUCAGCACCAGUCUCGACCCGUUUCCCCCUCAUCCAUCUCCGAAGUCAGCUCGCAAUUCUUUAUGUCUUCCACCGAAUCAGAAAAAAAAACUGGUCCAAGGCGCAGUGAACAGCUGGAAGCCAGUACUCGAGACCGAUGCAGCUCGCGAUUAUGGCGCAGGUCCUACACUGCCAGACUACUUCACACCAACCAUCACAAAAAGCAAAACUUCGCUUCCCGAAGAAAUAAACGCCGAAGCUACGCGACUGGCGUCAUGGCUUAUUGCGGAAGAACAUAGUCUCAGGACGAAAAACGCAGAAUUAUUCAGCAAAAUGCCUCCUCACCUUAAAGUCGUUUACGAUGGCAAGAACUUCGCACUCGCUCACCGGCUACUAGAACUAGCAGUAUCUAUCGCCAGGGGUUGCGACGCCCUGGUCGACAAGAAUGCUGAAUUCAUUCUCUCAUGGAAGCGCAAAAUGAUUAAUGGCAUUUCCAUGGAUAAAGAGGUGGAACCAUGUGGCUUCUGGAGGAUGCUGGACUCGGACGAAGUCGAGGCGAAACGCGCAAUCGCUGAAGAGGCAGCCAGAAGAUCGCGUAUGCCUCCAGACCACAAUCACUGGGCACCAGAGGAG